AUGGAGCAGCAUUGGCACGAGGUGCUUAUUCAGAAUGAUGAGGGCGACAACGCCUUCGCCAAGGCGGCCCCGCUUAUGAUGGAGGCGCUGCAGCUCGUUGCCUCCACGCGGGCUCUGCAGCUCGCUUUAGGCGUCGCGUGUUGCAAAGAAGAACUUUCCCGCGUUAACGACACACGUCGCGCCUACCGCGCUGCGCGGGAAGAGGCCCGAGAACUACACAACAUGUUGGAACCACACCUGGAGUCCGUCUACAACUCGAUGUUGCACCUGCGGUGUGUAGAGGCGGCCUCACGGCACCCCAACCAUCGCAGCCAGAAGCAUCGGCAACGGCAACGCGUGAGGUCCUUGCUGAAGUGUCACGAUGGGCUUGUCGCCCCACGGGACAUGCGGGUGGACGCUUUUCUAGACUCACAGCCGGUAUUCGACUACAAGACCUUUCGUGCGCGGUUUGGGCGUCUCUGCCAGGUGGUUGCCAAUGGGCAGCUUUUCUCCGCAUGUGAGCCGCGUAUCAAGGUGCUGCAGAGCCGCUACCGCCUCUACCGCGCCUUCAAUAGUGGGCGUGAGGAUCAGUUUCACCCGACGCUCGGCGGUGGUAGUUUUCGGCUCGCGCCCAAAGUGGACGUGCGGCGCAUCAGCAGUUGUAUGUCGGCCACCACGCUCGUGGAGUUCAUGCAGCGGAUGCUGGAGCAGGAGCCGAAUCUCGUGCUUCACACACAUGGGGUGCCCGGUGCGACAGAGGAAAAUGUGACGCAGCUUCGCGCAGAGCAGAGCGAGCCGAAGUGGAGAAAUAGAAACGAUCACCACAAGCACAGCAGCAAAAACCCAGAUCCGAAACUGGUGGAUGAGGAGCGCGACCCCACGUUGAAGGAACUCGUUGACGUCUUCUUUGGACCUUUUCUCCCACCGGAGGAGCGCUGCUUCACCCCGGACGGUUUGGGUCUGCUGCCAAACUACACAGGUACCUCCGAGCGCAUGUCGGAUACAUUCGACAUCCCUCAAGCAAGACCACCAGUGGCCGCGAAUGCCGUGCCGCUGCUUCGGCAUUUUCUUGACGUAGACGGCGGGAACGGUGGUGAUCUGCUCGCACGGCUUGUGAGGCCGAUGCUUUCACGCAUCGCCACGAGCGACGCGGAUGUGUUGGAGUUGGAGUUCACCGUCACCGGACUUCUUGCUGGAGAGGUGCAGCACAUUGCCGCGUGGUGUGUCCGCAGUGGUCUGAUCGGGUCACGAAAUGCACAGCUGUCGCUACGGAUCAUGCAAAAACCAUUGUGUGGCGGUGAUGCUAGUGGUGGGGGGGGCAGCGCCUGCAAUGCCAAGACACUGGAGGAUGUGCUCAUGAACAUCUUUGAACCCAUCUGGCUUGCCAUGCUGCAACCGCAGGAGUACCAGGACGUCGUGAAGUUUCUCGCCCGACUUGUGUCGGUGGGGGUGUCUGUCAGCGGCUACGCCGACGUGCAGGAGAUGCCGGCCACCAACAGCCCCAAGAUGUACUCGGCGGAGAGUGGCACGGAGCCGCCGGAUGCGUUUUUCAUUUAUCAUGUCUGGCGCAACGUUCAGGUACUGAAUUGUAUGGUGGCGGCGCACGUCUUUUUUUCCACCGCGAAGGGACCUUCAACUGCUGCUGCUGCUGCUGCGCAUGCAACGGAGGGAGAGUCUGAGGCAUCGAAGUUAUUCCUGCCAAAGUGCUCGGUGUUCCUGCGCCAUGAGCCUGUGAUGAAGCGGCCGCUUCUCUUUCGUCUGCACGCCUCGGCUACGAGCAAAAACGCGUUUGUGGAGAGUGUCAUUGGACUGCUUAUCGCCGAUGUGGUGGUGAACCCUGUUGAGGUCUUCGCCUGGAGUCCGCUGGCGUACCUCUAUUACUUGACGCAGCGCAGUGUUCUGGUGACGCCUUCGCGCAACCACAACGUGGCGCGCGACUCUGUCCUGCAGCGAGCCGUGCCGUUCGUUGUGGAGACAGGCCUGAACGCCUCCGUCGCCACGCUGGAUCCGCUGCACUACCACACGAACGACAAUGCCCUGUUGGAGGAGUUAAGCGGGCUGCAGAAGAAUUUCCACCUCGCGCUCGCCGACAUGACAGAGUUAUGUCUGCAUUCUGCGGAGAGCGCAAACUGGGCCGUCGAGAGGAGGGGGGCGCUGCUUGGGGAAGUGUGGGGACGCGUCCGAGCGCUGCACAACGACUUCACCAAGACGCAGGUGAAUGCGCUGCGGCUGCGCCUGCGUGAGUCGUCGCUGGCGCACGAGAUGGACUUGCUGUGCCGCAAGGGUCUCACGCAAGACUCCGCGUUAGUGGUGGAGAAAGGGGGCCAGCGCGACUACGCGGUGGUGUCACACUUCCCUGCGCCGCGGUGGGACGCGCGGCUGCCCGGCAGGGCGUUGCAGAUGCCGCUUAGGGAGCAGCGCGAGGCAUUUUGGCGCUUCUUCGGUGUCCCACACGCACGUGCGACAGAUCGGGUGGAAUGUGUUGUGUUGGGCCACCACUUUGUGGACCGGCAGAUUGCGUUCCCGCGCAUUGUGAUCUCUGGGCCCAGCGCUGGCGAGAAGAGCAGCGCAGCACGGAAGGUGGUGGCGGCGCUUCUCCGACGGCAGUACUACCGUGAUUUUAGCGUCCACUGCGAGCCGCCGGUGGCGACGCAACUGCGUCACCCGCAGGAAAUAAACGCGCUGCUUGCGUCGCAGCAUGCAGCGGAUUUUCCAAGUGAAUAUCAAAAGCAGGAAAAAGACAAUCAUCAUCAACACCAGGGAGCAAAUUCCUCGUCUCAAAAGUUUUUCUCCCCCUUGGAACGUGAGCAGCGGGUGAACAUACCGAAUGCGUUCCGCUGUCAAGGCGGCGUGCGUGACGUUGUCCUCGCCGCCGAUGCAAACGAUGCGACGAAGGCCUACUUCCGACCCCUGCCGACGUGGAAAGAGUUCCAAUCCGACACGCGAUGGCUGCGUGCGGUCACGGCGGAGCGCGAGGCGCAGCUCUACACCAAGAAACGGCUUGGCAUGCUGGAGUGCAAGUUUAACCUCCACGUUGCUCUCACAAACGACGAUCAGGAGCAGUCGGCUCACGAGGUGUCACGGCUGCGCGAGAAGGGCGAUCUGUACAAGUCUGUCAAGGUGGAUGUGCACUGCCACAUGGCGGCCGGCAUAACGGCGAAGGACCUCCUGCGCUUCAUCAAGAAGAAGGCGCAGACACACGCAAAUGAUGUGGUGGAUGUCGAGCGCGGCACCGGGCGCCUUAUCACACUGGGAGAGAUGUUUGCAAAGCUGCGCGCGCCGAAGAUGCGUGGAGCCCUCGUAAAUGUUGAGGAGCUCACCGUCGCCUCGCUGGAGGUGAAGGCUGGAAAGGAAACCUUCAACCGCUUCGACGAGUUCAAUGGCCGAUACAGUCCGCUGGGCAACUCCGCCCUUCGUACCCUCUUCCUCAAGACAGAGAACUUCAUGGGUGGCCGCUACUUCGCCGAGCUGAUACGUGAGACAUUUAACCGACAGGCAGAGGACGGCUGCACCUUCUCCGAGUAUCGCCUGUCCAUCUAUGGCAGGCACCGCAAUGAGUGGGACAAGUUGUCUCGGUGGUUCGUGUUGCAUGGUAUGUCACAUCCGACCAAUCGCUGGAUGGUGCAGGUGCCGCGGCUCUAUUCCAUCUACCGCAGCAACGGUAUCAUCGCCUCCUUCGAGGAGAUGCUGACGAACAUAUUUGUGCCCCUCUGGGAAGCCUCCAUAUCACCGGAGUCGCAUCCGUUUCUCAACUACUUCCUCGCACACCUCAGUGGCUUCGAUAGUGUCGACAACGAGAGCGAGCGGGAGCCCGAUGCUCUCAUUGACGCGCCACCAGAGCGUUGGACGCAUGCAGAGAACCCGCCGUUUUCCUACUGGAUGUAUUACAUGUGGGCGAACAUCACCACACUCAACCGCUACCGCGCCGCACGUGGGCUGUCGACCUUUUCGUUUCGUCCGCACGCUGGGGAAAGCGGCGAUCCGUACCACAUGGCCGAUGUGUUUCUCGUCGCGGAUGGCGUGAAUCACGGCAUAAACCUGAAGGACUUGCCGGUGAUGCAGUAUCUGUUCUAUCUGGCGCAGAUACCACUUGGCAUUACGCCACUUUCAAACAAUGCACUCUUUUGCAAGUAUCAUGCCAACCCUUUUCCGACCUUUUUUCGUCGAGGGCUCAACGUUGCGCUGGCGACGGAUGGUGCGUUAAUAUUUCACCACACGGAGCAGCCGCUCAUUGAGGAGUACAGCACUGCUGUAAACUUCUGGAACUUGUCCCUUGCGGAUGUGUGCGAGAUUGCUCGGAACAGCGUGCUGAUGUCUGGUUUCCCCUCUCACCAGAAGAAGUCGUGGCUGGGCAACCUCUACGCCCUGCGCAGUGCCGCCGGCAAUGACGUGCGCCUCUCCAAGGUGCCACAGACACGGUGUACGUUCCGCUAUGAAGUGUACGUGGAGGAGAUGAACUACCUGCAGGCGAGAGCCGCAGCGGACGUGCCGGUGAGGCCGGUGCUGGACGCGCAAUUGGAGGGGCUAUACACGAUGGACGCCGUGGGUCUCUCACGCGAGGCAGUUAUUGCUUUACAGUUGAAGGGGCAGCCUAUUACGACUACCACGGCUAUUACUACCAGUGAUGCCGCGUCUGGGUGUUCUUCAUCCCAUUCGGGGGUGUCACGGACCGUUCAAUGCGUCACCGCGCAUUCGCAGCUUUGA